AUGCGGACCGUCGCUCUACUGCUGAAGGGGAUAUGGUUGAAUCAGGAUGAGUUCCGUACGGCUAGCAAGGGUGGUGGGAAUGCUAAAGGGAAGUUUCUGGAGAAGCUCUCGGAGUGCACGUAUUAUGGUGAUCCUGAAUACGUUAUGGUGGAUAGAAUUAAUACGCAGCUGAGGCAUAGGUCUGAUAUCUACUACGCUAUAUGUCCUUGUGAUGGGGAGUAUCCUGAGAUCAUUUAUUUACAAUGGUCGCAUCCUGGUGAUACGGCGGGUGGUACAGGAGAGGCGGACGUGUCACCAUUCGACCCAAUCAAGGGAAGGAAGUACUUCGACGUAUGCGCGAAGAACGUGCGGAAUCGGCAUGGAAAACAUAAGUCCAUUGACCGGUACGCUGACAUUGACUUCAUCCUGGGCUCCACGGCUUCCCAAGCUGAGCCUAUCAGCAAGGAGGAGUUGGCGCAGUUCUCGGUGUCCAAGCUCUGCGAUAUCGAUGUGACCUUGCCUCGGAGGGAAAUGGUGGAGAGAACUCUGGAGGUACUUGGGAAAGGGGACGAGUUUUCUGAAGAGGAAAUAACUGUGGCGAUGCGGGAGGUUGCUAGGAUCGAGAAGAAUAUAGUACCUGUCGGUACAGGGAAGGGAGGACAGCCUCGUCGUUCUCCUCCUAGUGAGUGCUAUCGACCGCAGCAGCAUACCUCCUGGUCCGGCACUACCACUGGUAGUGGUGAAAACCUACCGUCAUUGGUUGGCCGCAGUAUGUUCCAGCUUGAGUUAACUAGAGAGUCUCAACGACUACUCAGAAGAGCUGUGGGGAAGGGUUGGGGGUAUAUGGCGACGAAGGGAAUCGUGCCUAAGGAUGAGUUCCACGUUACUUUGCUCUAUGUGGACAGCUCCAAUGCGUUCGAUCAUUACAGUAUGAGCCUGGUACGGCAGUUAUGGCCACGUAUUGGUGACUCGUUCGGGUUCACGACGGCCUUCGCUGUGUGCUCUGAUGUGGGUGUAUGUGCGGCGCCAGUGCAGUUCCUACAAGCCGUACCAUGCGGCAACUUGUAUCCCCACAUCACACUCGGCGUGUCACCACAGGCCUCUGCUAAGGACAGCAAUGACAUGCUAGAAGGGAAACACCCUUUAGAGGCACUCAGGGUCCUCGAGCUGGAACUGUCUGGAAACCAAACACAGCUUGAAUUGCGAGGGGUCCUUCGGGUUUCUGAGUGA